AUGAAUUUGUGUCACUGUAUCGAUUGUCGCAAAUGGGCCGGCGCAAUGCACUCGGCCCACCUCUUCGUACAAACGGCAGACAUCCAGACUACGAGCCCAGAGCCCAAGACGUACACCCAGAAGGCGGACAGCGGGAACGAAAUGACACGCGCCUGGUGCGACAGCUGUGGUGCGGGUAUUUGGUUGAGAUCGGCAAAUAAGCCCACUUUGACGUUUCUCAAAGCAGGUCUGUUCAAGCCUGGUGACAUACCCAACCCGACGAUGGAGAACUGGCUGAAGAACAUGGAGCCCUGGGAGACGCCAGCCAAAGGGACUCAGAAAACAGCUCAGGAGGGAUUCGACUGAGAUGGGAUUUCAUUUUCCUCCAGCUUACGAAUUAAUAGGUUAGGAGGUUAGGAGGUUAGGAGGUAAUACCUG